AUGAGAGAAUGUGUAAAUAUAUGCUUCAAUUGUUUUACAAAUGCUCUUUGUGCUAGAUUAAAGGUCUUCAAUGCACGGAAGCAAAGAAUGCAAAAAAUAUACAUCAUGAGAUGGGAAAGUCUGCACCUCCAGGCAGGGAAGCCUGUAGCUAUAUGCCCAAAUUCUGUUCUGUUAUAUUAUUUUUCUGUUGUAUGCACUAUUGUUUGGCACACAGAGUCAUCUGAAAUAGAAAUGUGUAUAUUUUGGCAAAAUAGAAAAGAGUAUGCAAAUUUCACAAGUUUAUUCAUUCCACAAGUGCUAGUGUCUUUCUGUCAUCUGUGCAGUAGAAUAGCUUUCCUGCCGAUAUUAAGUACUCCAGACCACUGUUUACAUCAGCAGACGUAUACACUUUGGAAGAGGCAAGAGAGCUUACAACCAUAUUAA